AUGGUGCUUACGAAGAUAAAUACGGUAGAAAUGACAAAUGAUGGAAACAGCAUUUUACGCGAGUUGGAUGUGGGGCAUCCAAGUGCAAGAUGCCUCAUUGAGCUGAGUCAGACACAGGACGAGGAGUGUGGAGACGGAACAACAACGGUGAUAAUUCUGGCUGCAGAAUUAUUGGACAAAAUGGUCGCAUUAUUGGACAAAAUGCAUCCAAUUCGCCUAUGUCGUGAAUUGACUAGGGUAAAAAAUGAGUGUAUUGAGAAUCUGAAUGGGCUGGGCAGAAAGGAGGAGGCAGACGUGCUUCAGGUUGUGAGAAGUGCAGUUUCGACCAAACUGUGCACUGUGAUCAGGCUGAAUAUUCCGGAAAUGGCCGUAGAGGCAGCUAAGAAAAUCAAGGAUGAAAAUGGGCCUAUUUUAUGCGAUAUUAAGCAUAAUUUAUCAAUUCUGAAGAUAAACGGUGACUUCAAGGAGUCACAAGUUUUGGAUGGAAUUAUCAUCGAAAAGGACAUCAUACACGCACAAAUGAGAAGAAGAAUAGAGGAAGCCAAGGUAUUGAUGCUUGGAUGCGGACUUGAGUACAAGAAGGGUGAGACGGCCACGAGUGUGAAGAUUCGUGAUGGAGACGACUUCACGAAGAUGCUACAGAAGGAGGAGACGCAAGUUAGAGCGAUGGUGGACAAAAUAAAAGCAACUGGAGCAGAUCUGGUUCUCUGUGAAAAAGGAAUAAGUGAUUUGGCAUUAUCCAUUAUGCAAGAGAACAAUAUUACGGCUUUACGUAGAUUCAAGAAGUCAGACAUGAACAGGCUGGCCAAGGCGACUGGAUCGACUGUGUUGAGUAACCUGGAUGAAUUUGAUUCAGAAAGUGGAUCGAAAUUGCUGGGAUUCUGUGGGCUAUUCGAGUACAAAAAGAUUGGAGAAACUUUCUACUCAUUUUUUACGAAAUGCAAGGAGCCAAAGGCUGUGAGUGUCGUGAUAGCAGCACCAACAAGAGACCUGGCAAAUGAGUUGGAGAGAAACUUCUACGAUGGUGUAAAAGUGGCUAGAAACAUGAUUGAAUCAGACACGGUGCUUACUGGAGGUGGUGCAACUGAAAUGGCCUUGGCAGUCUUACUGGGAGAAGGAGAGAAGACACGAGUCAGAAGUGGCGUAGCAGAGGCAUUGAAGUCAAUUCCAAGCAUUCUGGCAACAAACAGUGGUGCAGAGAACACGCUGGAGCUACUGAGCGUGUUGUACAACAAGCAGAAGGAAACAAGGAACUUCAAUUUGGGAAUAAACGGAAUUACAGGGGAAAUAUGCGAAAUGGAUAAAAUUGUAAGCGAGGCAUUCAAAGUGAAGUCGCAGACAAUAAAGAGUGCAUUUGACGCAGUAAUGCAGUUACUGAGAGUGGAUGGGAUCAUCGAGUGCAGUAGAGAGUGA